AUGAAACUAGAACUUGAAAACUGCGACCUCUGGAACAGUUUUUCGAAACUCGGCACCGAAAUGAUCGUAACGAAAUCUGGUCGCCGAAUGUUUCCAGCACUUAAAGUCAAACUAACCGGUCUGAAACCGAAUCUCAAGUACGCUCUCCUACUUGAUAUCGUACCGUGCAAUCGAAACCGAUACAAGUUCACAAACGGACGAUGGUCGGUUACGGAUAGAACUGAACCUGCAGCGGAUCUGAGCUGUGGGAGGAUGUUCGUUCAUGGGGAUUCCCCGGCAAGCGGAGAGCAUUGGAUGAGGCAGGUCGUAUCAUUCCAUAAGAUGAAACUCACAAAUAACACGACCGAUCAACAUGGACAUAUAAUCCUGGCAACGAUGCACAAAUACACACCUCGCAUCCACGUAGUUCAGACUGACGACCUGCAAAGUCUCCAUAGAAUUCCAUUCAACACAUUCCCAUUCCAGCAAACGUCCUUCAUAGCUGUCACUGCCUACCAGAACGAGAUGGUCACCAAGCUGAAGAUCCAUCAUAACCCAUUCGCUAGGGGCUUCAGGGAAACGAAAAAUUAUAAAAGGUAUGUUUGGUGUCUAAAAUUUCAUACAAAAAUUAAUUUUUCAGAAUGA